CGUUUCUUCCUCCGCAACGGAGUUGGCUUUUCUCGAGCGAGCUCCCGCCAGUUGAUACGUUUCCCCUCUGUCGCGCGGACUUGCUUCUCUCUCUCGUUUUCUCGGCCCCGUGUAUUCCCGCCAGACACUAUCUCCCUCAAGAUGGUGAUAUAUGUCGCAACAUCGGCUGACCUGAAAGCCAGGCUGAAUGAUUCGCAGUAUAAAAUUGUUGUUGUUGACUUUUUUGCAACAUGGUGUGCACCGUGUAGAAUGAUAGCACCGCAGUUUGAAACCCUUGCCGAGGUAUGCUCAUAUUUCUUAUACUACUAGUAGUUAAUAAAAAAA